AUGUCUUUUCUGCAUCUGGAUCUGCACCAUGCGUCGUGGGCCUCAGCUCUCCCAUCGUUCAUCUCGUCAACCUCAUACUCUGAAUACUCUCGCGCGCUGAGCACGGCGCUCCUCAGAGCGCUCAGACUUUCCGACUGGCAACGUCUUUUCUACGGAUAUCUUGUUCCACCACUACAUGAUGCUUGGCGACUACUCGACGUAUCUGGCGCUAUAAAAGUCUCAGUCGCAACUUUCUCGUCCUUGCCUUCAGCUGGCGUCGCUAGUAUCCUCUGCAGCGCCUCCCUCGUCUUCAUCACCUGGCUACUCUCAUUCUGCUUCUCGACCUCUCGAUGCUCGACGAACCUAUGUGAUACUUCUUCUCUGCUCGACGAUAUAGACGUCGAGGCACUGCACGCCCUUCAAACGAUCAUUAUACCCACGACCUCGCAUUGGGCACCUCACUACAUCGCCCUCGCUAACCGAUCGCGAGCCCGGAGUGGAUUUGGAAGCGCUCGUGGGCAGACGGAGAUGAAGAUGAUAUGCGUGCCGCUCUCGGCUCUAGUUAGAGAUGUCGUUCAGGGGGACGUGGAGCUCCGGAACGCGAGGAGGGAUCUUCCGAGGCUUUUGAUGUCGACGAGAACGCGAGACGAAGCGGUGGAUGUUGCAGAGGGACGGACGGUUAGCAUGAGAAUGAGAGUGAAGUUGGAGGUGGAUACGACGUUUUGGUCCGAGGUGGCUUGGGGUGUACUUUGGAGGGGAGUGGUCGGUGAUCUGGGGUGGAAGUUCGAUGUCGAUGAGUUUUUAUUUUUAGCGCGUCAAACUCCGGAAGGGAACGGUCGACGUCCCAUCGACCUCGAUAACGUACCUCACUCGAGACUCGACCACGUUCUUUCUCGCAUCAAGGCAUCCUCAUCCGCCACCCCAUCCAGCGCCGGACUUGAACACCUCAAAAUCGAUCGCGAACGAGAAACGAUGACGCUCGAGUCGACGAUACGGAACCCAUCUCUGAUGGAGCUCGUCCUCGGCCUAUUCGCUCCUCGCUUUUCCGUUCCUUCCGUCGUCGUCUCUACGACACCACUGAAUAUCACCCUCCCCGAACUCAUUCGCAGGCUUGAACAUCACCGGUUCGAUAUCGUCUCGGUCUCUGAUGUGUCGAAUGAGAGGGUCGGGGAGCUGUGGGAUGAUGUGAAGAGGCUGGAGAUGUACCAGGAUAUUGGUAUGGGUGAGUCGGAAGAUGUCGAGGAAGGGAGGAGGAGGAGGCGAGAGAUUGGGUUGAAGUGGGCGUGGGAGGCUAGUUUGUUGCAGGGUGGGAUGUUGGUUAGGUGGAGGGUCGUUGUUACUGUUGCUGAUGGUGGUAGGGGAACGUGA